UCACGGCAGUAGUACGGUGGUAGAGCGUCGAUCUUAACGGUCGUAAGCGAGAAGCGUUGUGUGAACGUGUGUUUUAAAUAAUUAGUGUGUCAAGUGUGAGUGUUUUUGAAUAGUUUUUAAUCGGUAAAAUAAAAAAAAUAAAUUCAUUAACAAUGUAAAUCAUUCUCCUCUUUAGUGACAUUAAUUGUGUAGUCACUCAAAAAAAAUUUAAUUACUGUUAACUAAUCUCUUUGAAAGGUAUAUAUAAAAAAUUGACGAAGAAAAAUAAUACAUCACAUUAUUGGAGCCAGAGAAUGACGAUUUAUGAGUGAAAAUAAAUGAUUUUGGUGUAAGUGAAAGAAAAUAUAUCAAGAGCGGGAAGAAACGUGUUGACAGGAUAAGACUAAGAUUGAUCUAAGAAAAACGUGGAGUUUUAGAGUAUUCUGAUGCUGUACCGGUCGUGCACUUUAUUCCUUUCACGCUCCGCCCAACCAGGAUCGAACCGGUCUUCACGAAGGCCAUAACACACGAGUAACGUAAUCAGGCCGAGAGUAACAUAAACUUGAGGAGAAUCAUAAGAAUCUGCAGACUCUUCCCACGAGCCUAAAAUAAUAAAAGGGCAAAAAUAAAAAGCAGGAAGAGAAAAUUUUUCAUAUCUCUCUCUUGGUGAAGGAUAAGAGUCUUUCAGGCUCUUUUUUAUAGCUUAAAAAAUUAUCCUCAAGAGUCUCUAGAGGCACUCGAUCAUGGAGGACGAAUUGCGGUGUCCAACUUGCAAAGAGCUCUUUAGUGAUCCCGUUCUUUUACCUUGCUGGCAUGCAUUAUGCUUAUCUUGUGCUGUAAAUCUUCAAGCACCACCGGAUUCACCUCCGGAAUCAACAACCGACGGCUCCAAUGCACCAGGAUCUGACCAGGAAGCCGACAAACUCUCCAUUCUCUCAGAAACUGACUCUGGAGUUGUAUGCAGCAGUACUUCAACUUCUUCAAGACCCGGAAGUUAUGUUGGCACACCAGGAAAUGGUGGUUGCUUUCCACCGUCUGGUGGAACCCUUUGUUUAUCAUGCCCUGUUUGCCAUAAAACCGUAUUUUUUGAUGAGGGCGGCGCCCAUAAUUUGCCAAAAUAUCGAGCUAUGCAGAGAAUUGUGGAAAAGUAUCAGGAAGCAAGAAAUGUCAGGCUAUUGUGUCAAAUGUGUGAGGGUGAACCAAGAGAGGCCACAGUCGCUUGCGAACAGUGCGAGGUCCUUUAUUGUGACGGAUGUAGGGAAUCGUGUCACCCCAAAAGGGGCCCACUAGCAGCUCACAAUUUGGGUCCACCACGUGCCAGCUGGCAAUCAAAUACUGGUGGAAAAGGAGCACGUUCUCAAGGGCCCGAUGGAAGUCUAAUUUGUGCUGAUCAUAAUGGAGAAGCUGUCAGCCUUUAUUGUGCUCUAUGUAAGAUUGCUGCUUGCACAUCAUGUCUUCGUGAUCGUCAUGCUGCUCAUCCUCAUGAUGUACUACCACUGGCAGCAGCUUGUAAAGCACAAAAGACUGAACUGUCACAGAAUCUCCAGCAGCUUUCAGAACGUGCUCGUUCCACGACGGAAUUUAUCCAAAGACUCAAAGGGAUGACGGAUAAAGUGCAUGAGGAAUGCGCUGCAUUAGAAGAAGAAGUGGAAGAGAGGGUGGCGAGUUUGGUGAAUAUUCUUCAAGCGAGAAAGUCUCGUUUGAUAGAAGCUGCAAGACAAACAAGAGACGCCAGAGUUAGAUCUCUACGGGAUCAAGUUGGAAGAUGUGCUACUCACUUACAGUCCACAACUGCUUUGCUUACGUUUUGUAUUGAGGCACUCAAGGAAACCGACAGUACUGCUUUCCUACAGAUUGGUGGAAUGUUGUCUAUGAGAGCUGCCAAUGCUGCUGGAUCAUGGGGCGCUGCUGAAGGUGUUCAGGAAAUGGCUCGGUUACCACUUCUUGAUCUCACACUCGAUGACAAACCAGUCAGACGUGCUAUCGAUCAGCUUACCUUCGUUCAGCUGAAACCGCCCGGUGCACCAGUAUUAAUUCCUGAAGAGUGUAGUGCUGAAAAUAACAGCGUGACGGUUGCCUGGCAGCCCCCAGCCGGUCACGGAAUUGGAUGUGGUCAACGUGGUCCAGCUAUCGAAGGUUAUCUACUGGAACUUGACGACGGAUGUGGUGGAGAGUUUAGGGAAGUUUACUGCGGCCGAGAAACCAUCUGCACUGUGGAUGGGCUUCACUUCAAUUCGCUUUAUAAAGCUCGGGUCAGAGCAUUCAACAGCGCUGGCGAAGGCGAAUACUCGGAACUCAUUGGUCUUCAAACAGCUGAAUUGGCGUGGUUUUCAUGGGCAUCCGGUGCACCAGGAAUUCCCCAAGAGGUUUCAAUAUCAGAGGACGCAAUGAGUGCGUCGUGCGAAGGCUACGAGCACCGAGUAGUACUUUCAAGCGUUGGAUUUUCACGAGGAAUUCACUACUGGGAGCUUACUAUUGACCGGUAUCACAGUGAUACUGACCCAGCCUUUGGGAUUGCACGAGCUGAUGUUUCACGCAAUAAAAUGUUGGGCAAAGAUGACAAGGGUUGGAGCAUGUACAUAGACCGUCAAAGAUCUUGGUUUAUGCACGCCGAUGGUCAUGCCCAAAGGACUGAGGGUGGUGUACAACAAGGCUCGACUGUUGGUGUACUCUUGGACCUCGAUACUACCCAUACGCUUCGCUUCUUUGUCAACGACCAGCCUCAGGGUGGUAUUGCGUUCCGCGAUCUGUAUGGUGUCUUCUAUCCAGCAGUGAGUCUCAACCGUGGAGUCACUGUUACUCUUCACACUGCAAUUGAUCCACCUCGACAUCUUCUCGCUCUUCAUGACGAGUAUGUCAGUGAUAUUGUUCAGAGCUAGGGGUACCUAAUAGUCCUGAAAAAGGGUCUAUUAUCGCCCCAGGAAAAUGGGAAUGUCAGCGAAAAUGAACGACAAAAAGACCAUGAUCUGCAGAGUCAAACGUUAGAAAAAAUUGAUGAAGAAGGUCCAACAGAAAUGAAUUAAUAAAUAAUCGAUAAAAGUAAUUAUUGGAGAUAAUUAUUUUAAUAGCAGGAAAGGAAAUAAUGAAGUUUGUUUGUUUUGAUUUCAAUUAUUAAAUUUUAUGUAGUUAACGAUUAAAUAAUAUAA